AUGCCUUCGGCAAGAACUUUUGCAAGGAAAAUCAGCUCGCUAAUUAGCAGAAACAAGUUCUCUUCUUCUUCUUAUAAGCCGCUCUCCACGUGCUUGUCAGAGAAUGCGAGAGCGCAACAGGUUCGAAGAGGCCACAUAGCCAUGUACGUCGGAGACGAGCGCAGAAGAUACGAAGUUCCAUUGAAAAGUUUGAAAUUUCCGGCGUUGCAAGAAUUGAUCAAGCAGUCCCAGGACGAUGACUUCGACUUGAAGAUUGACGGGCCAAUUAUUCUUGCUUCUUGCACUCCCAAUAUGUUCGAGCAACUGUUGAAGCGCGCCAAAGAGUUUGCGUGA